AGCGCGCCCGCCACACCCAGCGAAUCGUGGAACUUGGAAGCUGACGCGAUUCGGGCCUCUUUUUUGUUUUAGCAAGAAUCAUGUCUGAGAAGAUUGGCCAGAUAAAGGGGGAAUCUUCUGUAUUCUUCCUCUGUGAUGUCCAAGAGAAAUUUCAGCCGGUUAUAAUUCACUUUGAUAACAUUGUACAGACAUGUUGCAAGCUGUUGUCUGCAGGAAAGAUCCUGGAGGUUCCACUGCUGGUGACAGAACAGUACCCUAAGGGCCUGGAGACCGUGCCUGCCCUGGACGUCGCCCACGCCAGGGUUGUUGCCGAGAAGACCCGUUUCAGCAUGCUGGUGCCGGAGGUGGAUGCAGUGCUGGAGAAAUUGGCACCCAAGGUGGUCGUCAUUAUGGGAGUUGAGGCGCACGUGUGUGUGGAGCAGACGGCCACUGAGCUUGUGCAGCGCGGCUACACCGUGCACAUAGUGGCGGACGGCGUCAGCUCGCGGUCUCAGGAGGACCGCCUGCUGGCCCUGCAGCGACUCCGUCAAAUCGGCUGUUUCAUAUCCACCAGCGAGUCCAUAAUCUUCAAACUGCUGGGCGACAAGAACCACCCCAAGUUCGCAGAGGUGCGCGGACUCGUCAAACAGACCUCACCGGACACGGGGCUCGCCAAGAUUUAGGGAGCCGAGCGCCGACCGCGCGGUAGAUGGAGCCUGUGUCACUGCUGGGUCGAGAAAUCGGCGAUAGUCAUGGACGGCACUGUGGGUAGCCGAUGGAUCAAGAAACUCGGAAAGGUGCGAGUCGAUAAGUGCCUGUGAUUCAUGGAUACAUUACAUAUUUGUGAUUUUGUAUUGUGGUAUUUAAUAGAGAACGUUUCACUGAGCGACUGGUCGUGUCGGUUUAAUGAUUGUAUUUUGUCAUAGCUGAUGCUCUGAGAUACCGUGACAAUUGACAUAGAUGCAAUAAACAAACGCUGUGUACUAUGAA